GAGUACCAAAUAACUAAUCGAAUAAAUUGUAAAUUCCAUCGUUUGCUUUUCUCGAGAAAUUUCUUGUUCAAAAGGAUUCAUAUGAUGACCAAUCCCGAAGGUUGAAGAACUGUCAGGAGACAAAGAUCGAUCACUAAACAGCAAUGGCUGACUAUCACUUUGUGUACAAAGAUGUCGAAGGAACAUCAACGGAAUGGGAAGAUCUUCAAAGAAAGUACGGAAAUUUGCCUCCCAAACCUCCGGUCUUCAAACCCGAUCCUUUUGCUCCUGCUCAAGACGAAGAUUCUAAACCUAAAGACAAAUCGUGGAUCGAUAACAAGACAGAAGAGGAACUCGAAGAUCUGGAGGAUGAUUUGGAUGACGAUCGAUUCCUCGAAGAAUACAGGAGAAAGAGGUUAUCUGAAAUGAAGCAAAUGGUGAAAAUUGCAAAGUUUGGGUCAGUUAUACCCAUUUCUGGAUCAGAUUUUGUUCGUGAGGUAUCACAAGCUCCAUCAGAUGUUUGGGUGGUUGUUAUUUUAUACAAAGACGGGUACCCUGAAUGUGGAGUACUGAUGCAAUGUCUAGAAGAACUUGCAAAAAUGUAUCCGGCAACAAAAUUUGUUCGAAUUAUAUCAACCGACUGCAUUCCUAAAUAUCCUGAUUGUAAUCUUCCCACUUUGUUGGUUUACAAUAAUGGCGCUGUGAAGGCAAAUUAUGUAGGUUUACAUACUUUUGGUCGGAGAUGCACUCCAGAAGGUGUUGCUCUGAUUCUGUGCCAGUCGGAUCCGGUCCUUGACGACGGGCAGAGUGAAGGUGAGGCUUCUAGAGAAGCUGUAAUUGAAGGAGUAAGGAAAAGGUUUAUAGAGAGAGUGGUGACACAACAUGAAAAUGAUGAUGAUGAUGAUGGGUCUACAAGUGAUUGACUACUUGAUUCUUUUCUUCUUUGUGUUAAAAUCGUAGGGGUUUUUUUUGUUGUGGCACAUGAUCUGAGUUUUGUUUCCUUUUAAAACUAUUUGCCUCUUCAUUCUGCUUUCUUUUGCUUUGUGUAACUUUUAGCUUUUUAGUGUGGGGUUGUUGAAAAGAAGUUUUUUAGUGUGGGGUUGUUGAAAAGAAGUUGUACUUCAAUGUUCUCAAUUUUUACAAUAAUUUAUUGUUGAC